UUGGCAAAAAUUGAUGGUCUCCAGAGCUCUGUCAAUGAAUUAAAAAUAAUGACGGCUGUUCUCACAGAUACCGUUGGUGCCCUGACGGCUUUGGUAAAGGGGGCGUACAAGGAAGCCCGAAGCGAAAAGGCGUUUAGGGAUCUCGAGUUCCCUAUAAUGACGGAGGCGGACUUAAUAAAAGCUAAUAGCCUUUUAGACGGGGAAUCGACCCCAAAACUCACUACAGCAAUGGCCAAUAUCUUAAACAGGGGAAAGAUAUCCAAAACAAUAAGGGAUGUUUUAGGCCGAGAUAUUCUUUUACAUUUCAACAUAGAAGGCGCGAAGAACAAGAAAAGGUGGAAAGACCAUGAUCGUUUCUACUUGGCUCUUAUGGAUGCAAUCGCCCAAAUUGAUUAAUCUGAACCUCCAGAAAAAAUUCUGGGAAAGGUCCUGAG